AAAAUUUCUAUGCGGGUUUUUGCAAAGGAAAAUCCAAUUCUAUAAAUUAUCAUUACCAUUUCAACCAAAUCCCAGUCUUUUUCUUUUAAACAUUUUGCAUUCCAACAGCCAUCUAAGCUGUCAUUUAAAAAUGGAACGAAAUGUUGAAAUCAAAGCUCGAGUUCACGAUCUUGAGGACCUGUUGACUCGUGCAAAAUCAGUCAGCGGCGGCAAAGCGGAGGAAAUCUUGAAUCAAGUUGAUGUCUUUUUCCCAUCGAAAAAUGGCAGGUUAAAACUUCGUGAUGAGGAAAUCGGAGGCAACAAAGAAGCUUGGCUGAUAUAUUACGACCGACCGGACACCAAAGGACCCAAGCUAAGCACCUACAAAAAGAGUUCAGUCGGCUCAUCCGGAAGUGAGCUACGUGCCGUCUUGGCGGCUUCCUUGGGUGAGAGACUGGUUGUCCAGAAGAAAAGACAUCUUUUCAUGGUUGACCAAACCAGGAUCCACGUUGACGAGGUCAAGGGCCUGGGAAAUUUCAUGGAACUGGAGGUUGGAUUGCGAGAAGAUCAAACUGUCGAAGAAGGAAAUGAAAUCGCUCAAAGUUUGAUGGCAAAGUUGAAUAUUGCUGAAUCUGACCUUUUAGAUGUUGCUUAUGCUGACUUGUUAGAAAAGGAUCUUUAAGAUUGAUUUUUUUACGCAAUAAAGGUACGAAAUAAUAAUGAA